CGUGUCCUUCUUCUGCAAGGCCGGACCAUCAUGGCUACCUUCCUCGUGCUGAAUAACAAUGCGAAGAUGCCCAUCCUGGGCCUGGGCACCUGGAAGUCCCCUCCAGGCAAAGUGGCUGAUGCAGUGAAGACUGCAAUUGAUGUUGGAUACUGCCACACUGAUUGUGCCCAUGUCUACCAGAAUGAGAAUGAAGUAGGUGAGGCCAUCCAGGAGAAGAUCAAGGCAAAUGUUGUCAAACGGGAAGAUCUCUUCAUCGUCAGAAAGCUUUGGUGCACAUACCAUGAGAAAAGCUUGGUCAAGCCAGCCUGCCAAAAAACUCUGAGUGACCUGAAGCUGGACUGCUUGGAUCUCUACCUUAUUCACUGGCCUACAGGAUUUAAGGCUGGAGACGAUCUUUUCCCAUUGGAUGAUAAGGGCAAUGUGAUUCCCAGUAACACAAGCUUUUUGGAUACAUGGACGGCCAUGGAAGAGUUGGUGGAUGCAGGACUGGUGAAAGCCAUUGGAAUCUCCAACUUCAACCAUGAUCAGAUGGAGUAGCUCUUGACCAAGCCAGGGCUGAAGUACAAGCCAGCAGUUAACCAGAUCGAGUGCCAUCCGUAUCUCACCCAGGAGAAGUUGAUCGAAUAUUGCCAGUCCAAGGGCAUUGUGGUGACAGCCUACAGUCCCCUUGGUUCUCCAGACCGGCCAUGGGCCAAGCCAGAGGACCCUUCUCUCUUGGAUGACCCCAGGAUCCAGGCCAUUGCAGCAAAGCACAAAAAAACAACAGCACAGGUUCUGAUUAGGUUCCACACCCAGAGAAAAGUGGUUGUGAUCCCCAAGUCAGUCACCCCAUCCCGGAUUGCUGAGAACUUUCAGGUGUUUGAUUUCAAUUUGAUUGAUGAGGAUAUGUCAACUAUACUCAGCUUCAACCGCAACUGAAGAGUCUGCGUCUUGACCAAUACUAUGUCUCACAAAGAUUACCCCUUCAACGCCCCGUUUUGAAGUUCUGGCUAGCUGUUGCCCAGUGUCUGGAUGACGGUCUCCUGAUGCUUGCAGCUCUGCCGACUCGUCCUGACAA